UACCCAAGUCCAAAUCUACCAUGUGUCCGCAUAAUGAGCCGCAUCUACUCGCACGCCUCUCCAGCGACCGUCGUACAGAAUCGCCUAUCCGCGGCACACGAUUGGACCGCCAUGAUCUGCACCGCAGCCGCAUCCAUUGGUAUUCCGACACGGGCCAGCUGCUUGCAGAGAACGGACAAACGGUGUGGGUGUGAUACGUAAAGCCACCUCCCCCCAACAUCAUGGCUGCGGCUGGGCCGCUGGGACAUUCCCACGAUAUCCCCAUCAUUUCCAUCGCUCCUUCCAUGAGCCUCGUGAGUAUCGCCAGCGCUAGCACUACGUCUACGGCCAGCAGCAGCAGCAGCAUCAGCAGCGGGGACUCAAUCCGCGAGAUCCCCACCAGGCCUCGCUCCUCCUCCUCCUCCCGCUCUUCCAACCACUCCAUCUCCUCGGUGCCCUGGAACGGCCGGGGACUAUUCCCACCCCCCUUCGUCUCCACGGGCCACAUCACUGUUCCAGAGCCCGCCCACCACCGCGAGCCAAGUAUAAAUCUCGAAUCACUGCAGGACCCAUCGUCGCCCGAGGGGCCGCCGGCAUACACACCCGUGCCACUACCGCACGAGGAGCCACCAAAGUACCGGGCCACCGCGUCUGUAUGGGAGAUGUUUCGAUGCGGGGGAAGGGUGGGGGGACGGGUGUGGGUUUCUGAGGGAAAGGAGUGGAAGAAGUGCUGGUGUAUCACCAUCCCCGUCAUGCUGUUUCUAUCCCUGGUCCUUGUGGUUGCAGUGGUAUUUGGUGUGCGAUCAAGCUCCGAAGAUGUGGAAGAGACGGAGGAGGCGGCGGAUGAUGGAUCGGGAUAUACAAUCCGCCCGCUCCCGUUCCUAAACCCCGGGAUCUUCCACUUCCGCCUGCCCGCCUCCUCAAGCAACAGCAACUGCACGAUCAACGACUCCCUGUGGUCGUGCGCCUCCUACGGCCCCUCCCCGUUCACCUGGGAGCUCAUCCGCAGCCCGCUCACCGUCCCCGACUUCUCCGCCGCGGGGAUAGAGACAUCAUACAUCCUCCUCCCGCGGUCACCGCCGUACUUCCCUGCGAGCCGCCUGCAGUACACGCGCGACAGCGCCGGAGUAGCGCGGUACUUCGCCGAUAUCCCGCACGACAAGGUGACGUACGCCUACAACAUCACCAGCCGCCUAUCACGUGGCAACGGGACCCCGCAAUCAUUCGCGAUCCCCGACAACGCGACGGCGGCGGACCUGCUCGCCGAGCUACCAGAAUACACUGGCCUGGGGGACGAGGAUGUGACAAGAUGUGUCUGGGGCCACACCCUGCUCUCGAUCGACCUAUACAUCGACGCGGACCCGCUGGCGUUCACGCCCACGGCGGGCACCGCGGGCACAGACAUUCCCGUGUGGCCGGGCCGGACGACGGUGCGCGAGCGCCGGGACUCUCGUGUGCGGGAGGAUGAGCCCGGGGUGGUCUCCCGUGGAGCGUAUUGUGGGACGCUGCGGAUACGGGAUGGCAAGGUGGUGGCGGUGGAGGAGAUGGAAUUCGUUAGGGAGUUUGAGGAGUUUGUGGAGGCUUCCGACCCCGCGGCUGAUGGUGGUGAUGGUGCACGGGGUGUGCCCGAAGGCGGGAAUCAGGAGUGCGAAUGCUCCUGGGGAAUGGGGGUGGAGAGCGGGUGAUACGUCCCCGAUCUGACUGACUGACUGGGUUGCGGGACUGGAUUUUACAGUUUCCUGGGUAGAGACUGUGAAUGGGAAUAGGAUGAUACCCGGUUCGGUUUGGUAGGCCUGGCCGAUGGAGCAGCUGCGCCUCGGGGACGGGUACAU